UUUUUUUUAAUCUCUCAAAACAGAACGCAUGAAAAGGCUUUCCAAAUGGAACUGCUCACUUUUUGCUGCAUACGCCACUAUAGCUGCAAACCAAAGCAGAGAUAGUGUGUGAAGAGAUUUUCAGUAAUCUGUACAUACUCUUGCUAUUCUGGGAUGGUCUGUCCUUCCUCUAGCUGACCCAGGAUGUAGUUUCAGCAUUUCUUUUUUGAUCUCUUUUAAGCAAUCUUCACAAUCACUGGCCAGUUCUUGGAGGAGAUGGUGGACACCAGCAUUACAUCGGAAAUGGAGUGCAAGAUCUGCUACAAUUUCUACAACCUGAUGGACAGGAGGCCCAAGGUCCUGGAGUGCUGUCAUCGGAUGUGCAGCAAGUGCCUGUACAAGAUCAUCAAUCUCAGGGAAUCCCCACAGAAUGACAUCAUCUGCCCUUUUUGUCGAUAUGAGACUAGUCUGUCAGAUAAAGCAGUGAAUAGCCUUCCUGACGACCACAACAUUGUGGCCACUCUGAGCCUUGGGGUGAGGACCAAGAGGUAUUUGCAAGAGAAUUCGGCUGAACUGCUGCUGAGCCCAAAGAUAUCAACCUCCUUUGUGAACCCUUCAGACAGCUCUUCAAACUGUCUGGUCAUUACCAUCAUGGAGGUCCAAAGGGAGGCUGCCCCUGCUGUGGGAGUUUACAGACCCUCUAGUUUCAACACCAAUGCUACAGCGUCUGGCUGGUGGACCGUGUGGAACUGCGCUUCUGUGUUCUGCCAGACAUUGGCAUGGAUACUUAUUUGGUUACUCUGUCUGUUAUACUUAAGCUCCUUGCCUCUUGGGAUUUACCUGUUGAUCAAUCAGAAAAUUAAUUUGGGGAUCAUAUUUGUGAGCAUAGUCCCAUCUACCCUUGUCAUAGUUAUGGUAUAUGGGUUCUGUCAAUGGUUGUGUCAUAAAUUUCUGAACUGUAUAUCUUCAUGAUAAACAAUAUACUGGGGUCUAUUGUCAUGGUCUAAACAGAGAUGGAUGUAAAUAUUGCCACACUAUAGUAUAUUAAACCAUCUUCUAAGUACUUUAUUUUUAGUUUUAGAAGUUGUUAGUAGAUCUGUCGCUGUUCUGUAUCUGAUAUAAAUGUAUAGCAAAUUACUGGGGAAAUGUACCUUGGUAAUCUUUGAGGUAGGGUCUUUUUUAAGAUAACAUUGUAUUUAGUUAAUUUUUAGAAAUAAUUUGUAAAAAUAUACAAAUAUGUUCUGGGUAAAUGUAAGACCUAAUUAAGCAGAACAACCUUGAAGGGAAUACAUUUACACAAAACAGCCUUACUCAUCAGUAAACUCUGUUACCAUCUGACCCAGAGUAUCAUACGGGAUACAGAACCACCCUUUGUUGUUGCAAGGUGCUGCAGCCUGCUUUCCAGGAUAAGCAGAUGUUACCAUUUGUUAACAUCUGUAUGAAUAUAAUAUAUCUGUUAUUAGUUAAAGAUAGCUUAACCACACAAAUACAAAAAAAAUGUAUCUACUUUUUGGUAUUAAAAUGUUUAUUUUUGAUUAAGACAAUUAUUUAUUAUUUUUAAUGUUAGUGGGCAAAUGGAGAAUUAAUUGUGGUGCUUCCAUGUAAAUAACAGCUUGAUGCUAUUUUAUCUGUACAAUGUCAAGAUACAUCAAUAGCAGUUAAUAUUGUGUGCACAAAGAAACUGAAUGACAUUUCACUGUAAAACAGUAAAGUAAUUUUCCAGUGUU